UACAAGUUAAAGAUAGACGCAGAAUACACAACAUCUUGAGCCAGGGCUUAAAUUCAUCCCUGUCCGCCUGGCUCCUCGCAAAGCUCUGCCUGUCAGCUUUCCUCUAUCUCCUCUCAAGACUCUAAUAUUCCUUGAAAAAGUACCAUAGUUCUGGAUUCUGUGGAAUUACUGAGGUGGCAGAAGGGAUCAUGGUGCAUACCAUAGGAUGGUGACCAGUGGUUUCAAAUUAAGAUGCUCUCAAUUACCUGUGCUUGAUGGGACAGGAUCUCAUCUGAGCACUUUGAGGCAGAAGAAGGAAGGAACAGGAUGAGCGAUCGGAGCGGCGUCAUUUCUGCGGAAUGAUUGAAGAUUGCGGGAAAAGAGGAAAUACCAUGGCAGAAAGAAGGCAGCUGUUUGCAGAAAUGCGGGCUCAAGAUCUGGAUCGCAUUCGUUUGUCCACCUACCGAACAGCAUGUAAACUUAGAUUUGUUCAGAAAAAAUGCAACUUGCACCUGGUGGACAUUUGGAACGUGAUAGAAGCCUUACGGGAAAAUGCCCUCAACAACCUGGAUCCCAGCAUCGAACUGAACGUGGCUCGCCUAGAAGCUGUGAUUUCAACUAUUUUCUACCAGCUCAACAAACGGAUGCCGACGACCCACCAGAUCAAUGUGGAGCAGUCCAUCAGCUUACUGCUCAACUUCUUGCUAGCAGCCUUUGAUCCGGAAGGACAUGGUAAAAUUUCCGUUUUUGCAGUCAAAAUGGCCUUGGCAACUCUUUGUGGAGGAAAGAUAAUGGACAAAUUAAGAUAUAUAUUCUCAAUGAUUUCAGACUCCAGUGGAGUGAUGGUUUAUGGCAAAUACGACUUGUUUCUGCGGGAAGUUCUCAAGCUGCCCACAGCUGUUUUCGAAGGGCCUUCAUUCGGUUAUACUGAGCAAUCAGCAAAAUCUUGUUUCUCACAACAGAAAAAAGUCACGUUAAACACUUUCUUGGAUACUCUCAUGUCUGAUCCGCCGCCACAGUGUCUGGUGUGGUUACCACUUCUGCAUCGGCUGGCAAAUGUGGAAAAUGUCUUCCAUCCUGUUGAGUGUUCCUACUGCCACAGCGAGAGCAUGAUGGGGUUCCGCUACCGCUGCCAGCAAUGCCACAAUUACCAGCUCUGUCAGGACUGCUUCUGGAGAGGCCAUGCCAGCGGUUCCCACAGCAACCAGCACCAAAUGAAAGAGUACACGUCAUGGAAAUCACCUGCUAAGAAGCUAACUAAUGCACUUAGCAAGUCUUUAAGCUGUGCUUCCAGCCGUGAACCUUUGCACCCAAUGUUCCCUGACCAGCCUGAAAAACCUCUAAACCUGGCUCAUAUUGUGCCCCCCCGACCUGUAACCAGCAUGAACGACACACUCUUCUCCCACUCUGUUCCCUCAGGAAGUCCCUUUGCCAACAGAAGGUUACUUGGGGGUAUAAAUGUAGCCAGUCCUGUGGCUGAUGAGCAUUCUCUUAUAAAGCUGUAUGUAAAUCAGCUUCACAACAAUUCACGCUCUCCCUCCAAGAACACUGAAGUAGAGCAGAGCAAACUGCUGGCUAGGGCUGCUCCAGCUUUCUUGAAAGGCAAAGGGUUACAGUACAGCCUCGAUGUUGCAGACAGGCUGGCCGAUGAACAUGUGCUCAUUGGGUUGUAUGUCAACAUGCUGCAGAGCAACCCCGCACGCAGCGUGCUCGACAGCGCAAGUCGCCUGGAUGAAGAGCACAAGCUGAUCGCCAGGUAUGCAGCAAGGCUGGCAGCAGAAACUUCUUCAUCACAGCAGCAGGCACAGCAGAGAGGGGCGGCAGACAUCUCCUUCACCAUCGAUGCAAACAAGCAGCAGAGGCAGCUGAUUGCAGAGCUUGAGAAUAAAAACCGAGAAAUCCUGCAGGAGAUCCAGAGGCUGCGACUUGAGCAUGAGCAGGCAUCUCAGCCCACACCAGAGAAGGCACAACAAAAUCCUACCCUCCUGGCAGAGCUGCGGCUCCUCAGACAGCGGAAGGACGAGCUGGAACAGAGGAUGUCUGCUCUCCAGGAGAGCCGAAGAGAGCUUAUGGUUCAGUUAGAAGGCCUCAUGAAACUGCUGAAGGAAGAAGAAUUGAAACAGGCAACCCAAGGGGCAGGCUCCCCCCGCUCCUCGCCUAGCCACACCAUCAGCCGACCCAUCCCGAUGCCUAUCAGAUCUGCCUCUGCCUGCUCCACACCCACCCACACACCUCAGGACUCUCUGACUGGGGUGGGAGGAGAUGUGCAGGAAGCCUUUGCACAAAGUGCAAGACGAAACUUAAGAAAUGAUUUGCUGGUAGCAGCAGAUUCAAUCACCAACACAAUGUCGUCUUUGGUAAAAGAACUAAAUUCUGAAGUGGGCAGCGAGACAGAAAGCAACGUGGAUUCUGAAUUUGGACGGACUCAUUUUGAUGACCUCGUUCCAUCUCCAACAUCUGAGAAGGCUUUCCUUGCACAGAUCCAUGCCCGGAAGCCAGGGUACAUCCACAGUGCUGCUGCCACUGGAUCCAUGCGCAGUGACAUGGUUACAGAAGAUGGAGAUCCUUUUGUCAGAGCAGAUGAUGAAAAUUAUGAGAAUGAUUCUGUCCGCCAGCUGGAGAAUGAACUGAAGAUGGAAGAGUACCUGAAGCAGAAGCUGCAGGAUGAGGCAUACCAGGCAAGCUGCAGCCAGACAGACAACGAGAGCUACGUAAGAACUGACGAUGAGGAGAGCUGCUUUCGGACAGAUGAUGAGGAAAGCUUAGCUGCAAACUUCACAGAAGAAUGGAACCAAGAGGUGCAGCGUCUCUUGACAAAAAAAUCACAUAACUAAGUUCUGAGGACUGUAGCACAGUACUUUUGUUCUAAGAGUUGUAGUUUGUAGAUGUGUGUUUUGACAAAAGACUUUCGUUUAAAGCUAACUUAUAUUAGCUACAUCUUCUGUAACAUGGCUCAUUACCAGUGAAGAGUACAGACUGAAGUGCAUACUGCUGUUACAAAGGAAGGCAGUAUUAAUAACUCACAUAAACCCUUUGCACAUGAUAUUGAACCUGUUCAGUUUACAAUGACAGUACUGUUUAUAGAUAGAAAUUUGAUUUCUGAAUACUUUGAGAUUUUAGUAGAUUGGUUUACUAUACACUGUACAUUUUUUUCCACGGAAGAAAUAAAAAGCGAUUACGCAUUAACACUGAAUGAUUAUACUCCUGAGUGUAUAUAUCUAGUAGCCCAAAAAUCAAAGUACCGGAUUUAUAUUUGCAAUUUGUUUGCGAGUCUUGAAAUUAAGACUUAUACAAAAUGUACUAAAACAAUAAUAAUUAUAUAAUUAAUAAUGACAAUUUUAAAAAUCUCUAAUUUAGGGCUAAUGUGUAACUUAGGAAUGUUUCUUUCAGAAUAAUCUAACAAAUCAGCCAUAGAAGUUAGUGUAAAUAUUUUUUUUCCAAAUAGAUAUCAUAUACAAAAGGUGACAUUCAAAUGAUAUAGAAUCUAGUUUUUAAAUCAGCACAGAUCUUCUUAAAACUGUGAACUAUGUUUUGAAAUACUCGUUACUAAAGCUGUUUAUAAACCACAGGUGCCAUAAGAUCCCUGAACUGACUGAUGUUAUGUAUAAUCUUCCACGGUAUUGUUUCAUUGAUGUUUUAGCUUUAGUAAGCAUGUGUUCAACAAAUCGUCUCUUUCCAUUCCUCUGCCCCUCCGUCUCACCCACUCCAUGAUGUUAUUUUUGAGGCCUUCAGCUUUAAAUGUACAGGCUUAAAGUGCGCUUGCAACUGUUCUCUUUUGAUUUCCGAAUGUGUAUUGCCUUAGCCAGCCACCAGAUGUUCUGCAUGCACUCUUGGAAAUGUGUGGUGAGACUCUUUCAGAGCUGGAUGGAGAAUUAGCUAUCAGUGAAAAGCACAAGAGAAGCGGUGGGUUUUCUUGAAAGGACGGGCAUACAGUUACAGGAUUGGAGCUUUGUGCAUUUUUGUAACUCAAGUGUAAAGGUAUUUCAGGAGAAAGGGGACAUAUCCUGCUGUUUGAGAUUAGGAAGCUAAGAACUGCUAGGUAAGAACUGUUUGCUCACUGUUACUGCAAACUGAGGGACAGUUCUGAGCAGGGACAGACGCAAAAUAUAGUGGAAUGUCCCCCACACAGCGUAUUGCUUGGAAAUAAAGCUUACACCUUUAUGACAGAUCACAUACCAUGGCUAGUUCUAGAGCCAUGUCUCUGGAGCCAGCCCAUGGACAGCUAGACCAGAAGCAGGAUGGCCGUGUCAACACAAGGCAGUGCAUUGGAUGCACAGCCCAGUGGAGAAGCGCAGUGCGUUAGCCUGGGGCGACCUCUGGGCAGAUGUAAUUUUACUGCACCAAUACGACAUUGCUGCUUCCGAAGUGGUGCCGUCCAGCAGCCCUGAUAACAGUAGCAUUUCAUACAGGUAUUUCACACCAGCACAGUUUGCCUACAGCAGGUGGUCAGUUACCGUGUGGAGCAGGUGAACAUGGUUUGUCUGUCCUCUCCUUUUGUGGUUACGUGGAUGUGCGCUGCCGUAUUUACUUGAGAUUGCUGUGUAGCUCAACUCUGUUCACUUGAUGCUUGCAUGCACUCUCCAGGCUUAUGGCUGUUUCCCUGGGCACAGUGUGCUAGGGGAUGAGUAUCUGUAUGAAAGAGCUGCUGCCAUUUUUCACUUUCAUAUCGCAUUAUUGCUUAUGCAAAUCUUUUAUCCAUACCUCCUUGCGUAUCUAGGCUUGGUCUCAGACAUCCAAACAGAUUCUGAGGUAUCCAGAUACCCUCAUGUAAACUUUUCACUUCUGCAGCCACAGGUCCUUUCCCUUGGAUAUGUACCAGCCUGGCAAGGCUGGCCCCAUAUUCUGAUGCCCCUCCUCCAGCCUCCUCUCAGGAAUGGGUGAGCCUCCACUAGUGCCUAGCACUCCACAUUUAGAGCUACUCCAGAGAAACUGUAGAUGUUGCUGUCAGCUCAGGAUUCCAUUGAACAUUUCCUGAACAGAGACAGAACAAACAAGUUGGAACACAGCUACGUGCGAUGGCUGACUAAUUCAACCCAUGUCAUGUUUAACUGUACCCAGAGUAGUAGCUCUCUCCCAUCAUCUUCAUGUCUGUGUGAUCAUUAUCACUAUGCUUAAAAUAGACACAAUAGAAUAACUCUAUUGCGAGAGCUUCCAGACUAGGAGCAAUGAGGGAAGCUGGCGGAUCGCAUGCCUUUCUGUCAGACUGGUGUCAGCAGGGCCAUCCCCAGCAGAGCUCUAGGUCCCUGCCUCCCUGGAGCCCCGAGAUGAAGCACCCUUCACUCAGCUCUCCAAAUAUCUAUUUUAAGCAUUUCCCAACUGUCAAGCUGGCUACAUAUUCACCCAGCUGGUCUUUGUCUGCUUGUUGAAUAUUAUUUUGAUUGUGGUUUGCGGUCAUUAAAGCAAACAGAGUUACAGAAGAGGUCCUUGGCGGGGGCCUCUUCUUAGCUCCCGAUGGCCCACCACAGCAGUCAAAACUGGGUGGUUUUACUGUCACUGGAGGGAACCAGUGGUUUGGAUUCAGGAGACAGGGAUGUGAAGAUGUAUAGGGUCCUCGAAUGUCCAAAGCGAAGGUGGUGAAUGGGUUGUCUGUAAGUAGUAAUGUUAACUAAACUGCAUAAAAAGGUGUGUGGCCUUUGUUGUGAUAUAAUAUGUAUUUUCUUAUAUGCAUGAGCCAAAUUGUUGCAUCAUGAUUUAUCAUGUGUGUCUGCCUUUACUUUCGGUCAUCUUCUCCCAUCUUUAUUGGUUCUUGGCAAUUACUGUAGAUAGAUUUUGUAAAUAUUGCAACCUCAGGUUGCUGUAAUCACGUUGGUUCAAUUCAGCAGACGGAGCUGUGAACAACAAGCACUCCACUGUGUCCUGAAGGCAAAGGGCAUUUUUACCUUUGAACCAAAAACAAAUGUAUGAAGAGUUACAUCUUGAGGCUACUAACUGCAAGACAUUUUUAAAACUACUGUACUUGACACCACUUGAGACAGAUACAGAGACACUAAAGAUGUCACAAUAUUCAUUGGUAUUGUAACAGAACUGCUAUUGUAUGGGUUUUUUGUAUUGCUGUUAAGUAUUGUUUUGUGUGUGUGUGUUGGAACCUACUGGGGACAUGUUAUAUUUUGAAGUGAUUAAACUAUUUAAUUGUGUGUCUAUAUUUUGGAAUGGAAUUAUUUCUUCAUUAAAAAGAUUUUUAAAAGUAA